AUGGAUUUCUCGGGUCUUCAAAGGAGUAAACGUCUCCUUUGGUUUCUGGGUGAGGGGCAAGACCUCAGGUAUACGCCCCUAGAGCAUGGGCAAAUCCGGCUUCUUGCGAUCCGUCCUGGCCGUUCGGAAGACAAGGUUGUGACGCGAUUAGUCACUGUCCCUUUAUCAGAUUCCCUGCCCUAUGAAGCUCUCUCCUAUACCUGGGGCGCAUGGAAUGAUCGUGGCACCCUUGUCAUCGAUGGGCAGACCGUAGAUAUACAUGCAGGUCUGUUCAACGCGAUCCAUGCGCUAAGGUACGAGAACUUUGAGAGAUUGAUCUGGGCGGAUGCAAUUUGCAUUAACCAAAGGGACAACGAGGAAAAGUCCCACCAAAUCCAGAUCAUGGAUCAGAUUUACGCCACCGCGGAUAAUGUCGUCAUAUACCUCGGACAGGUGACAGAGCAUAGCCAACAAGGCAUAGAAGCUUUGCGAUCGUUCAUUGAUCUGGACGUCACGUUAGCACAACCGCCUUGGCUAUACGUACCGCCACCUCAGACGGAAAAAUGCCUCGCAGAUAUCUUGAUGCGGCCGUGGUUCACACGCAUUUGGACUGUCCAGGAGUCCGUCCUAGCUCGGUAUACUACACUCGUCUGUGGAAAGCACCAAGUAUCGUGGCGUGGAGAUUUCCAGACCCUGAAAUCGAUCGUUUUUCGUUUCAAAGCUGCCGCUAUAGCCCCUCACUUUGGUCCAGACGGUAAUCCCAGCCAUUUGAACUGGACGCCAUUUCUCCAGACACUCGAGGCACAAAUGAGGCAAGCGGCGAGAAGGGAAGGCGCCAUGAUUGAACGGACCCAACUUGACCUUGCUUUCGACUUCCGACAUCGACGUUCGACAGAUCCAAGGGACAAAUACUUUGCAAUUUUCAGCAUCGUAGAGAACGACCGUGGUGGCACUCUCGCUCUGGCCUCGGAUUAUAGUAAGGAUGUCGAAGAGUUGCACCGCAAGUUUGUGACGGAAAUGCAGCGCCUUAGUGAGACCAUAUAA